AUGCUCUCACUGGCGCCAGGUGGCCGUUUCACACUUCAACCGCCUCCGCCGCCACGACGCUACCAAAUAACGAACCGCCGCGGGAAAGCUGGCGCCACCACCCAUUGGAUGCGCUGGGCAAAACAGAACGCAGGCGCUCUCCUCCCUACCGAGGCACGUGAGGAGGCGUUCCAGUCCCUCACAGAAGGCUGGAGGCGCGCGGGCGGGGCGGGCGGGGUGGGCUUUGGCGGCUUCCGGAGACCACAAAACUCCGGCGCAGACAGGGAAACCUCUCUGGGGCUGGACAGCUACGACCAAAGUACUCCCGCGGCUCCAAACUGCUCCAGCACGGCCGGCCUACUGGGAACCGACAACCGCUCUGUGAGGUUCUACAAGAUGGCCUGGCUGCAGUGCAUGGGUCAUCAGCACCUGUGCAAUGAGCACUUCACACCUUCCUGCUUCCAGUGGCACUGGGGUGUGUGCUACCCGCAGCCAGAUUCUGUGCCCUCCAUCUUCUCUGGGCACCAUCUGCCAAGGGAAGUACCUCCUGGAGCCUCACUCUUAGCCCUCCCUCAUGAAGGAAAUUCUUCCCUAACAUUUGGACUUACCCGAGCCAUCCUGGCUUAUGUCCCUGAACACCUGGUGGUGCUGGGGCCAGCAUCAGGAGUCUCUGAGGAUGCAGCCACCCUGUUCCUGACACCUCCUUCACCCAGUGUUUUGCUGGCUCCAGGGUUUCACCCUGGAGUCCCCUCCUAAUACCUGUGGGCUGAGCUGGGCUCAGCACUGGGGGCACUACUUUAGAAGGUGCAGAGGCUGCAGCAGUGCCAAGAACAACACCAGGCAACUGGCAGAGCUGCACAGGCAAAGCUUGCUGCAAAGGCCACAUCAGCCAGGACUGUGUCUCCUAAGGAAUCCCAGGCUUUCACCAUCAUCUGUGGAGAGCCUGACAUACCUGUGGUCCUUGCCCAAGGUCCUGUACUUCCCACAUUGCAUGUCAAGCCUGAGCUCUUGGACACUCAGACCCCCCGUGCUAGGGACCAGGAAAGAUGUUACUGGACAGAUGACAGAAGACAGAGGAAGAGACUUGGUCCAUCCCCACUACCCAUCCUUGGUUGGACAUAACAGUGCCUCUCUCAAAGGCCCAGCUCCCACCCUCCUAGGGUCCCAUUAAACCUUAGGGCCAAGUUGGGCCCAAGACUCCCAUCAGCCCUGACUCUCUUGGGUACCAUGUACCUGCUGCCUUCAGCUCAAAUCUUUGCAGUCAG